AUGUGGCUUGCAAAGUUUAAUCACGGUGACGGUAUUCGGGAAAUCCUUGUACAACAAGGAUUGAAGGCUGUGCAAAAUAUUGACUGUGAAUUCGAAGAAGUUAUACAAGAACACGAAUCUGGCCCUGCGCACGAGAAUGCGUUCACUCAGUGGAAAGAGCUAGAAAUUUGUCUUUUCAAAGGCAAGGUGAUAGACAAAGAACAACAAACUCUUGUUGAAAAUGAAACAAAGAAAUGGAAGCAAAUCCUGACUAGAUUCUUGAAAAUAAUUAUGCUUCUUGCUAAGCAAAACCUAGCUUUACGAGGCCAGAGAGAAAACAUUCGAGUUGAGAAGGCAAAAGAAAAUAAAGGAAAUUUUCUGGAGCUUGUUCAACUGAUUGGAAAAUUCGACCCAGGGCCACAUGAACGUUUGGUAAAAGUAAAAAUUGAUAAGUUUACAACUUCCCAUCUCUCAUCAAAAAUUCAGAAUGAAUUUGUGAACGUCUUGAGAGAUCAAGUGAGAAAGAAAGUUAUCGAUGGAGUAAAACAGAGUAAAUACUAUUGCAUUAUUUUUGAUAGUACUCCAGACAUUUCUGAUAUUGACCAAACUUUUCAGGUGCUACAUUAUGUUAAAAUAGAUGAAAAGGAAGUAAAAGAAUCAUUUCUUCGUUUUAUUGAGAUGAAAGGCAAAAAUGCUGAGUAA